AUGGUCUAUCAAGGCAGCUUCCUGGCUCUGGCCCUCCUUUCCUUGACAUCGUUCUCAAGCGCCCUGCCCGAGAACCUGAAAGGCCGCACGCCUCCCAACCCAAACACUUGCGCCUGCUCGCCCGUAGCGGAACAAACGCCAAUUCUCUCCACAAAGACCGAGACUGUCCACGAGACCUUCUACCAUACUGCUUCCGUGAGCAGGCAGACCAUCACUGCAACCAUCACAAUCACUCGUGCGCCCGUAAUUGCGACUGAGACGGUCCACGUCACCAAAUCCGUCGACGAACAAGUGACAGUCACUUGCACCGAGGUCAUCAUCGAGGGCCCCGACGGCACCGCCACCACAAAGACGAAGCCUCCCGGAGGCCACGGAGAGCACACUCGGACGAAGACGCGUACGUCUCACGACGGGUCCGAGACCAAGCCGCCUCACCACGAUGACGAUGACGAGGCCACGAAGACGAACAGCGGCUCUGCCACAGGCACCCAUACCAAAUCUGGCGGCGGCGGCGGCGGCAAGCCUACCCACCCCCCGAACGGAGACGACGGAGACAACGAUGGACACGACGAUGGCGACGACGGCGACGGCAGUACCGGACCCAAGCCGACGUCGAUCCACACUUGCAAGCAUUGGAACGGUACCAAGUGCGUGAAGCCUACGGACGGUCCCAGCCUUACCGUCGUCACAUCCACCGCAGUCGCAACGGCCACGGCCACGAGCGUGACGACCGAGAGAGCCCUACCCACGUACUCGGUCUGCUCCGUCUCCGUGACUCUUGUCACCGUCUAUAACACCGUCACGGCGACCGUCUACCAGAGCAUCUCCUCACCCUCGACGGCGCCGGUCCAUAAGCCUCGCGCGCCAACGGCCGUGGUGUCGGAAUGA